AUGGAGAAGCUACUUGGAAAAGUGGAUAAAACUGAGUUGAGUGAGAUAGCUACUGUAAUGAGGAGCCUUUGGCUGAGAAGAAAUGAAUUCUGUUAUGAAGGGUUGUUCAAAAGUCCUAGUCAAAUGCUAAGAACAGCAAAGGAAGAACUUCAUGAAUUUGAAAUGGCACAACAGAAGCUGAUAGCUAACAGUCAAGGCAACAAUAUAGAGAGAAGGAACCAAGUAUGGCAGAGACCAAAAGAGAACUAUAUUAAGGUAAAUUGGGACGCAGCAUUGGAUCUAAAAGGAAGGAAGGCAGGGCUAGGUGUUAUAAUUAGAGAUGAAGAUGGGGAACCGUUGGUUGCAGUAGAAGGACAACAGACCAAUGUUGUUAACCCAGCAAUUGUCGAAAUUUAUGCUUUGUGGAAGGCAAUGGAAAUAUAUAGAGACUUGAAGAUGGAGAGAGUGAUCUUUGAAGGAGAUGCUCAACUGAUAGUCAAGGCAGUGAAUAGCCAAGAAGAAGAUAGAUCAGUAUAUGGGAGCAUUGUUGAAGUUGCCAAGAGUUUAUUGGGCUUGUGGAAAGGCUGGAGCGUUGAGUUUGUGUACAGAAAUGAAAUGAGAUAG